UGGCAUCCCGCCAGACCAGAGGCAGAAUAUCACCAUUGAUGGGGUGUCCAUGCCGUUGGGUAUUGCCGCUGGAAGUUGGGACUCAUCGACGGUGGUGUCUGAUAUCUAUCAAAUCUUGGUGUCCGAGGUGCUGGGAUACCAUGCUCGAACCCAGGAAGUGAGCAGCAGCUUGUAUGCACUGCUGGCGGUGUCUGGGUGUUCGGGGCAAGACUUGGCUUUGUGUACUUCGCCUCGAACGGCGCAUAUUACACUUGAAGCCUGGCAAACUCUCGUUCAAGAUCCAGGUUGGAUAGCUUUCUCUCAGCUACUGGGUGAGGCCAGCGCGUCCGUCCUUGCACCUAUCGGCUAUGAGGGCUAUGAUGGCUUGCACGUACUUGGAAGAGCCAACAGAAAGAGUCAAGAGGCAGUAGGUCUGCAUUUGACGUUCUAUGGCAACUACAACUCUUCCUGGUUCCACCCCGAGAACUAUGCAGCCAAGAUCUCAGACGUGGAUCUCAACAAGUUGCAGAAUUGCACCUCUAUAGAUGAAGGAUACCCGACUGCUGCUCGAUUAUACCUAGAGGCCACAGGUGACGUUGAUGGCGUUGAAGACAGAAACGGGCAGACAGGAUACAAAUGUUGGUUGGAUCAAAAGUGGUGGCUGGCUCCUGCUUGCCGUGCAGAUCCAGCAAAUUGCAUAUCAAUCCUGACUGCAGGUAAAGCCUGGGGUUUUGCAGGCAUCUCACAGAAAGCCAACUUUUUCAACAUGAAUGUUGGAAUAGCAGUGGCUUCUUCCGUGGGGAACUGGGUGGCCAUCAACACCGAGCUUCAGUCCCUGCUCUAUGCCUGGUCCCCCGAUUCCACCUUUGUGGCAUACCAGCAACUUGCAGUCCAGUUCCCGGAGCGCAAUGAUGCAGAGGUUUUGCAGGGCAUCUAUCGGAGCAUGCUUGCGAGACAACCUCUGUUCAAGUGUGUUGCACCAGGUUUGGAAGUGGCGGCCAGUCGAGCUCUUGGUUUGGCAGAGAACUUCAUUUUCGGCUCCAAGGACAUCGAGGCGUUGCUGAUUCAGUUGGUGAGUGCAGAUACCAAGGAUUCAUGGCAGACAGCUUGUGAGUGGGUGAAAUCCAACAAUGAAACCUGGGAGGUCUGGGUGCCAGACAAGACCACCUGUGCCGUUGGGAAAGGCCUGGUGGAUUUGCAGGACAACUUUGUGACAUCAAAGUCUGAAGCAGUGGAUUGCAAGAUGUGCAGCCCAGGAAGGGUUUCGGUGAAGUUUGAGAAUACCCGAGUGUGCUCUCCUUGUGCAUCGGGUUCCUUCCAAAACGCUUUCGGAGCUUCAGACUGCAAAUUGUGUGAAGCUGGCACCAUUGCAGCAAAUUCGGGGUCAAGAGAGUGUGACAAGUGCAGCCUGGGGCUGUAUGCCAAUGACACCGGCAUGAGCUUUUGCUACCAGUGUGGUGUGGAAAUUGGUGAUGAAGCAGAACUGUGGACCACCAACGAAUUUGUUGCUGGUAAAAUUAUCGAGUUGCAGGGAGCAAAAUCCAUUUCCAAAUGCUUCUGCAAGGAGGGAUGGUUUUUGUGGCAAGGACGGUGCCAGCAGUGUGGGGAUGGCCUUGACUGCCCGGGCAUGAAUCGCCUCACGCUCAAACGGGGAUAUUUCUCAAAGUCCCAUGCGCCCAGUGACGUCUUUCGCUGCUUUCAUGAAGACUAUUGUCCUGGUGGUCCUGGCGGUACUUGUGCUGCAGGCCGCGACAACCAGAGCAUUGCUUGCAACGAUUGCCAGGAUGGGAUGCGAGAUUCGGGUGAUGGUACUUGUGAAGAUUGCGGCGGUGGUGACUAUGCAUUUUUCAUCACCGUUUGUCUCAGUAUCCCUUUUGCGUUAACCUGUUUGUACAUCGGGCUCAAGAAGGAGACUCAAGGACAGUCCAGUUCCAGCUCCCUGAUGAUGGUGUGCAGCCUUCAACUGCUCCUGGUCACUGUCCAGAUGCUUUCAGUGAUGCGGCGCUUUGACAUCAAUUGGAGGGAACCCUUUGCCAGCGUCUUGGUGUACCUGGAAUUCUUGAGUUUCGAUCUAGAGAUGCUGAGUGUGAGUUGUGUGACGAGCAUGAGUCCUGUGGCGAUUUUCGGAGUGAGGAGUCUUGUGAUCCCUGUGAUGAUGUUCGCCAUUCUGGUGGUGCAUCUGUGCUUCCUUUUAUGCACGCGCUCGAAGACCUUCCAAAGCAACAAUUUGUGGAGAACCAUGGGGACGACCUUCUUAGUCUUCUUCAUCAUCCUAUUCUCCAUGCUGCUGGCGCCCUUCCAAUGCUAUGGCCAUCCCAAUGGGACCUCCACCCUAAAACGCUAUGCAACCGUAUAUUGUGAUGGAGAGGGCCAACACCUUGAGAUGUUCAUCAUUGGAGGUUUUGCGUGCUUGAUGCCCGUGCUGUUCUUGGCUAUUUGUACAUGGGUGGUGUUGGUGCAGCUUCCCGCCCGCUUGGCCAGGUCAGACGCAAGAUUUUUGGAGAGCUGCUCCUUCCUGAUCCGACGUUUCCGACCUGGUGCUGAGAUUGCUUCAGUGCUUUUCCUCGUGAGAAAUGCUUUGGUGGUGCUGUGCCCCUUAGCCACUUCCACACCCGGCCAGCUGGCGAUGAUGAACCUGACUUUUUAUGUGAACUUCUUUGGCGUCGCCUUUUUCAAACCAUGGCGAGUCAUGGCGUGCAAUCUGCUGGACUGCAUGCUGCUGUUUGGGAUGAUGGUGAUACUUGACGUGGGCUCCGUCUCAGUGGCGAACGACAGCCCAAUCGCCAGCAUGGUCAUGGUCAUGGUCUUUGUGGUCAUCAUGCUGUUGUCAAUCCUGCUGACCUUGCUGAAUGGUGGCUAUCAAUAUUUUCAGCAGAAAUAUCGGAAGCAGUUUCGCUUCUUCACGUGCCAUCAGAAGAACGCAGCUGGGUCCAUGGCAAGGUUCCUGAAGAUGGAAUUGGAACUACGCAACCCUGGCACCAAGACCUUUAUCGACUGUGAUGAUCUUACAGAUCUCACAAGGCUCUUCAGCUAUGUUGGACAGGACACGGAAACCUUCCUCAUCCUUGGCAGUCCAGCAAUACUGACGCGCAAAUGGUGCGUGGGUGAGAUGGUGACAGCGCAUCGGAAUAACGUGAAGACUUUGCUGCUUUCUUGGCCAACAUUCCUGAAGCCAGAUGAGAAGUUCAUUGAGGACUUCCCGACCCUCGUCCCAGAUUACGGAGAGCUCGCCAGUCAUGGCAUUGGCCUGUCAGAUGUGGCGAAAGCUUUCAGGUGGCUGCAGCAGGUUGAAAGUCACAGUUUGCCGGAGAAAUUCACGCCGAGCUCGGCUCUUCCGCUGGUGGGUGUGGUGUGUGGCCGGUCAAGCGGACAACGUCUGCCAGAUAGAUCGAAAUCGACAUCGACGUUUUAUUCCACGGAUUGCCCAGUGUUAGCAGACCCUGAAGACACAGAGGCCGUGGCCACGGCCAUGGUGCUGUCUUCAAUGUUGAAACCCAAACUGCUUGGUACCAAUUUGCCACUUCCCUCGGUCUUGGAGGAGGGCAAACAUUUGCCCGACGGAGCCCAGAUGGCAUUGAUGAUUUGCAGCUCCAACUGCUGGAAGUCAGCCCAAGUGGAGCGCUGGUUGUUGCAGACUAGCCAACUACCUUCCUGCGGACUGAUUCCAGUGAUUGCUGAAGACAACUUCUUGGUACCAUCACCAAGCUUGUAUGAAGAGCUGCGUUCAACUUCUUUGCUUGAUCAGCACGAAUUCCAGCGCUACUGUAUUGUCAUCAAGGCUCUCUUCCAAGAGAUUGCGGUAGUGUUCGUGCCACAGAACUAUUCUUCCACCCAUGAAGAUUUACUGCUUCGAGCCAAUCAAGCAGCUUCGAGACUUCAAGCCACCUUGACACCAUUGGCUGAGAAAGUGAAAGCCAUUGAGGCUAGGGAUGGCGACAAACACAUCGCAGAAAUUGACAAAGAAGUCGAUCCUAAGGAGGACAACUGGAAGGAGGACCCUUUGUGCGGAGAAGCGCUGUAAUGGUUUCUUCUGAGGCGAUUGAGGCGGACAUGGCCAACUCAGAGAGUCCAAUACAGUAACACAUCAUAACACAUCUUCCGACUUUCUUCUGCCCUUGCUGCAAGCCAAAGGCUUGCGAUUAUGCUAGUUGUGCACGCACACAAUCUACAAUGUGGAACAUUGUGCUGCAACCCUGACGUUUGCCACGACCGAUCCUGCAUAUCCUUUGGCGUGCUCAAAUCCCU